AUGAAAUACGAAAUUAGUUAUCAUAGUGAUUCCGAGACGAUGGGAAGCCGAGCGCAGUCAGUUAUCUGCGACAAAGUCAUGGCAGGGUUGCCUCAGCUACUCGACGAUCUUCAAAAGCUAUCCGAAGACCAAGCCACAGCAGAUGUUGCAUUUGUACUAGGUCCCGCUGAGGACCGAGUUUAUGCCCACCGCAUUAUCCUAAUGGCUCGAUGCAAAGCAUUUCAAAAUACAAAACGAGGAGAAAUUUGUCGCAUUCCUGGAUGUACUGUGUCUACUUCUGCUCCUGGUACACCAACGCCUAUUCGAUUGCCUCACAUUGAGCCGGAUAUCUUUCGACAAUUUAUUUUGUACGUCUACACAGCAAAGAUCAUGCUGCAGGAUUCUAAAGUAUUUGAAAUGAUGACCCUGGCACAAGAUAUGGGUGUAGAUGAACUGAAGAUCGCAUGUGAAGAUCAUGUGAGUAAAACAAUGUCAGUUGCAAAUGCGUGCACGUUUUUAACGGCUGUUAUGGAAAUAAAGGAAAAGGCAUGUGGUGCAAAAUGUGCAGUACCGUUUUUGGAAAAAUGUAUCACGUACAUUGCAGAAAAUGCUUCUGAAUGCGUUAAAACUAAUGCAUUUUUGAAUCUCACGAAAGAAGGGCUGAUUCAAGUUAUUUCGUAUGACAACCUGGGACUGGAAGAAGAAGAUGUAUGGCGUUGUGUGCUGGCCUGGGCUAAAAAUCAAGCAGGGGUAACUCAGCCAACUGCACAUUGGACUGAAGAAGAACGGCAGAGAGUAUGCCAAUAUUUGGCGCCAGUAAUUUCCCACGUCCGUCUGUUUCUGAUUGACAGUCAAGUUUUUGCAGAAGAAGUCGAACCGACUGGUGCUGUACCGAUAGAGCUCUCCCUCGAAAGAUAUCGUCGAGCAGCAUUGCAUUCCAACAAAUUACUUCCGGCUGCUGGUUCUGCUACAGCACCUGUUCCAGUAGGACCAUUAAAUGAAAAUGACAAACGGUUACAGCCGCGCUUGAUGUUGAACCUUUUUCAUGGGUCUGCUAUUCUGAAAAAUGACAAAAUUCAUUUUCAAGGCACUUUAAACGGAUGGUAUGGAAUAGCAAAGCAAACAUGGCGAACGGUUUACCGUGCAUCAACGAACGGUUUUGGUGCAACUGCUUUUCACCGGCAUUGUGACGGCGUAGCUCCACUGUUUAUUAUUGCUCUGAGUUCAAGUGGUGCUGUUAGUGGCGGGUUUACGGACGUUGCCUUUGCCAAAAGCAAUAGAAAAGGAGGAUAUUUGCAUUCUGAAAAAGCCUUUUUAUUUGCUUUAAAUUACAACAAUGAACCACCCACAAAGUUCGAAAUAGUGAAGAAGCCGUACGCCAUCUGUUAUCAUCCAGAUUGUGGGCCUAUUUUUGGAGCCGGUGCCGAUCUUUUGAUUUCAAAUAAUUGUAAUGCAAAUAUGGAAUCAUAUUCAAACUUUCCUCACUCUUAUGAUGGACCUAACGCAUCAUUUGGACAUUUGUUCGGAGAUUAUAACUUUUCAAUAAUUGAUUAUGAAGUAUUUACACCUGUCCCGCUGUCCACAGGAAAUAAAAUGAAACAUGAAAGAUAUUCAUGAAUGAU